CCUAUUAAGAGCAAACUUUGUGUUUUUGUUCUCCAAGUUCAGCUCAGUGCUCUCCAGCCUGCACACAGUUCCUCUCUGCUGAUCUUUUUCUUUUCCAUUUUCCCCAAUGGUUUUGUUUGCUCGCCUGUUGGUUACUACUGUGUGUUUUUUCAUGGGGGAUUUGGACACCGGGAGGAUGCUCUUUUUGGCGGAACAAAUACACAAAGUUAUAUCUUCGGCUAGUCUGGGGUUGUUUUAGUGGAGAUAUAGAUGUUUUUCGGGUUGGAAUGAACAAUGGUGCGGCUCCUUGGUGCUCUGGCCGGGGGCAUGCUCUGGUUUCGGCUACUGUUGCUGUGCGUCGUGGAGUUGGAGCUGGGAGCCGGGGUUUCUACUUUCCAGGGUUUCUAUCUUCCACCUGCGAACGGGUCGCUUCUCGCACCUGCCCGGAGGACAGACGGGGUCGUUCGGACCAUUGACCGGAUUUACAACGGAGGAGGGAAGGUGGGGUACCUGGUGUACCUGGAUGGGAGCCGGUUUCAGCUGGACAUGGAGCGGGACGACUCGGUGCUGUCGCAUCACUUCAGCCCCCAGUCUGUGCUCGCUAUGAUGGGGGACAGCCCUGCGCCUCUGCAGCGGGAGUGCGCGUACCGCGGGACAGUGGACUCCAACCCGGAGUCUCUGGCCGUCUUCAACCUCUGCGGCGGGGGCCUCGAGGGCUUCUUCGCCGUAAAUCACGCGCGCUACACCAUCACGCCUAUCAUCAGGGCGAAGGGACACGAGCACGACGUGCGCGCCCUGCAGGACAAGGACGCUGAGAGCGCGCUCCAUGUGUUCACGCGCGAGAGCUUCAGCUUCGAGGCCAUGCGCGAGGGGCGCGAGAGCUGCGGGACGCGCGACAGGCGCAGAGGACGCAGGCAUGCGGUGCGGAAACGCCGGCACAGAGGUCGCGGGAAGGGGAGACAGGACAGAGGGGGGCUCUCAGCGGAAAACACAGAUGACCGCGGCGCGCACGGGCGGAAAUUGUGGAGCCAGCUCGCCAAAGUGGCCGCCCAGGAGACCGGAACGCGGCGCAAGAGGUCAGUGUCUCGCGCCAGGCACGUGGAGCUACUUCUGGUGGCGGAUGACACUAUGAUCAAGAAAUAUGGCAAGGACUUAAACCACUAUCUGCUCACACUGGCCUCAAUUGCCUCCAAGCUGUACGGGCACGCCAGCAUCGAGAACCCCAUCCGGCUGUCGGUGGUGAAAGUGACCACGGUGACUGAGAAGGAGAAGGGGUUGGAGGUGACCAAGAACGCGGCCGCGACACUGAAGAGUUUCUGCAAGUGGCAGAACCAACAAAACCCACUGGAUGACGACCACCAGCACCACCACGACGCCGCCAUCCUCUUCACCAGGCAGGACCUCUGUGGCCACCACUCUUGCGACACCCUGGGCAUGGCAGACGUUGGCACCAUCUGCUCUCCGGAGAGAAGUUGUGCUGUCAUCGAGGAUGACGGGCUUCACGCUGCAUUUACUGUUGCUCAUGAGAUAGGUCACUUGCUCGGUUUGUCCCAUGAUGACUCCAAAUUCUGUGAAGAGCGUUUUGGAGUGAACAGCGACAAGCGGCUCAUGUCCUCCAUCCUCACCUCCAUCGACGCCUCCAAACCCUGGAGCCGCUGCACCUCGGCAACCAUCACUGACUUCUUUGAUGACGGCAACGCCGAGUGUCUCCUCGACUCUCCUCGCCAGCCCCUGCUGGGCCCUGAAGAGCUGCCCGGGCAGAGCUACGACGCCGUCCGCCAGUGUCGCCUGGCCUUCGGCCCUGAGUACACCGUUUGCCCGGGUAUGGACGUAUGUUCUCGGCUGUGGUGCGCGGUGAUUCGCCAGGGACAAAUGGUGUGUUUGACCAAGAAGCUGCCGGCCGUGGAGGGGACACCCUGCGGGAAGGGGCGCAUCUGCCUGCAGGGAAAGUGUGUGGACAAAACCCGCAAGAGACACUACUCGGCGUCCAACCACGGCAGCUGGAGUUCCUGGGGUCCUUGGGGUGCCUGCUCCAGAACUUGCGGAGGCGGGGUGCAGUUCGCGCAGCGCCUGUGCAACAACCCGCCACCAAGGAACAACGGGCGCUACUGCACAGGGAAGAGAGCCAUCUAUCGGUCCUGCAACGUCACACCGUGUCCAGCAUCAAAUAAAAGUUUCCGGCAAGAACAAUGUGAGGUGCGUAACGGUCCCCAGACAGAUCCUAAAGGGGUGAAGACCUUUGUUGAGUGGGUGCCAAAAUAUGCAGGAGUUCUCCCUAAAGAUGUGUGCAAGUUAACCUGCAGAGCAAAAGGAACAGGAUACUAUGUGGUCUUCUCUCAGAGGGUGACAGAUGGGACAGAGUGUCGUCCUUACAGCAGUUCGGUGUGCGUGAAGGGGAAAUGUGUACGAACGGGUUGCGACGGCAUCAUUGGUUCCAAGCUCCAGUUUGACAAGUGUGGUAUAUGUGGAGGCGACAGCACAGGAUGUAUACGCGUAGUGGGCAACUUCACCAAGAAGAGUAAGGGCUACACUGAUGUGGUGAAGAUCCCUGCAGGCUCGACACACAUCAAAGUUCGUCAGCACAAGGCCAAGGACCAAACCCGCUACACCGCCUACCUCGCCCUCCGAAGACCCAAUGGCGAGUACCUCCUCAACGGCAAGUUCAUGAUCUCCACCUCCGAGACAAUCAUCCCACUCAAUGGUUCUGUGCUCAACUACAGCGGCUGGAGCCAAAGGGACGAGUGGCUUCACAGCAUGGGUCCCGGGGCCCUCCAAGAAGCCUUGGUGGUUCAGAUUCUAGCGACAGACGCUAAAAAGCCGCUGGAUGUUCGUUAUAGCUUUUUCAUGCCCCGCAGGACAACCCCACAGCAGCCGUUAGCUCCCCUCAUCCCCAACCCAAAGUCAGCCCAUUUGCAUACCAGCACCACGACUGUCUCAACCACGACGAGAACCACCACCACCACCACCACCACCACCAGUAGCACCACUACAUCCUCCACCACUCCCCCUGUCCUGGCUCCUACAGCUCCAGGUCCCUCCACCCCAACACCAGGGCCUCAGUGGAUGACAGGACCCUGGAUGACCUGCUCCAGGACUUGUGACACUGGUUGGCAGAGCAGAACAGUGCAGUGUAAGGACCAGGAUGGGAAACUGUCCAAGGGCUGCAUGCUGAGCAGCCGACCCUCCGCCUUUAAACACUGUCUGGUGAGGAAAUGUUGAGGCGGCAGGAUUGGAAAAACGAUUCAUAAGACAAAAAACAAUGUGCAGGAAGUUGUAAUGUGUAAAUCCGAUAAAGGUCUCACGUGCUGGAUGUAGGAUUAUGGACCAAUGAAUUUAAGACAUAGUACCUUAAACAGGACUGUGAAUAUUGGCUGAAAGUGCCAGGACCAGUCACACAAAGACUCAGAGACAAAUUGGCAUGGAUGUACCUGACUAUAUGCCUGAGAGGAAUGUCCUUGAAUCAUAGUAGCUAUGCAGAGCACAAGCAGGAGGGAGGACAAUUCCUGUGUGAUAGUGACAAGUAUUGCCCUGGCAUAGCUAAAGACUUAAGUUGCAUGCCAUUUCCACAUGGACAAUAACUGAUUGUCUUUCCUUCGGUCUCCAAACCUUGAGGUUUAGUGUGUGUUGCCCUGUAAUGGCAUGCCUGUCGUUCUUUUCUAUGCUAUUCCAUGUGUUCUAAUCACUGUGGGGAUCUGGAAGACACAUCCCUUUUGUGUUUUGUCAAGAAUGUGUCCAAGACAAGAGCCCCAACUAUGGGAAGCACACGUUAUUCACCUAGUUGUCAUUUCUGCCAUAUGCCCUGUCUACAAGCAUACCCUGUGUUCAUUUGACUGAUCUUUCCAGCUGAAAAGCUGGGAGCAACACAAGACUGAACCUAAACUAGUUACUGUAAUCUUGAGCGUAUAUAGAGACCAUCCAAAAGAGAGUGUGAGUGAGCGUUGAGAGUGCCAGAGAGAGUAAGAGAGUGCAGCCUUACUAUUAUGAUUUCCUAGGAGUCAUUGGAAGGUGGCUUGACGACCAAGAAUGAAUGGGGAAACCCAUACAUUUGGUGAAUGGAAUUGCAUCUAAACAGCACACUAAUAAGGUACAAAGCUGGGAAACCCAUCAGUCGUACCAAGGUCCAGUCGUAAACUGCUCAGAUACUUCUCUGUGCCCAGGUGCUUCAGUAGUUCCUCCUCUCUGCUACAACUCAGGAAGAAAAUUCUUCCUUAUGACACAAAUAUCGAUUGUACUGAAUCACCUAUUCAGUGUAGAAACAGCAGCCUGGUGUGAUGGGAUAGAAAGAAAGACUAUGGUGGCCUUCAGAGGACAAACCUUGCAACAGUUAAAUUGAUAAAGGGGCAAAGUAAACAUGACACUCCUUAACAUUUAUGGAGCUUUAUGAUGAAUCACAUGUUUGGGGCAAUGCUUGAUUUUUGAUGUGCGUGUGUGUGUGUGUAGUGAGUGUAUCUUUGUGUGCAUGUUGUGCGCACAUGCUAGCACAUUUAUGUAUCCAAGGCCUGUGUUUAAAGUACCGUGAAUAUGUGUUUUUGUCCUCUGCUGCGUCUCGAAGCUUCUUCACUCUCAGUUCCAUUUUGUAUCAAUCAUUAUGCUGGUGCUGGGAGAUUUACGGUCCUUGUGUUUUCUCUGUCUGUCUGUCUGUCUGAUUGUCUGUUAAUCUGUUUAGGAUACAAUGCUAAUAUGACAAUGUGUGCCCUGGAUACUCGCAACGACAGCAUGAGAGAUACUAAUGCCGUCAUUAAUGUCCUUUUGCAAUUCAACUCUUUCCUCAUUGUCUUUGUUUUCAUCACUCAUUCUCUGUUACAUCAUGUAUUUGUUUCCAACCCUGAUGGGUGGGGUUUGCCACAUUACAACACUUCAGAUUGUGCCAUAGGAUGGAUGAUUUUAAUUCAAUAUGAAAACUCUUGACAGUGUGUUCUGUUGAUUACUCAAAGUUGAAUGUUGCUGUUGAAUGAAAGACAUAGUUCAAUAUUUUGGGAAAUAUGCAUAUUUGCUUUCUUUCUGAGAGUUAGAUGUGAAGAUUGGUGCCGCUGGAAAAAGUCUGGAAGGCAAUAAAAAAAAAUCAGCCUACCAGCACUUCUUGAGCUCACUACUUAACAUUUUAUAUUUUGUUUGUUUAAUCUGUGCAAAGAUCAAAGUGUAAAAACAAUAAUUUGUGGUUUUAUAAGGUGUUAUGUGUGGGACUAUUUCUUUGCCAGGUGCAGUGACUUCCUAGAGUCUUGUCGUCAUGGUGAGGUUUCCAGGCAAUCAGCAAGUAAGCAAGACUCCAGGAAGUCACUGUGCCUGGUCUGAGCUUUAGAGGUGCUGCCAGGUGUAUCUUAUACCUUUAGAAAGAGCCAGGCUAGCUGUUUCCCCCUGUUUCCAGUCUUUAUGCUAAGCUAAGCUAACAGACUGCUGUCGGUAGCUUCAUAUUUAACAGAUCGAUAUGAAAGUGGUAUUAAUGUUCUCAUCUAACUCAUCAAAGGAACUGUUCCUUUUAGUGAAAAAACACAUGUAUCUACAUCACUAGAUAGCACAGGGUAUAAGUGAGAAAAUGUGCUUUUUUUGUCAUUUUCAUGAAGUCACCCUAUAAAAUCCUCCGCCCAAUCUUACAGUAUCAUAUUUUUUUCUUUUAAUUUGAUAAUUUAAUCAAGGAUGCAUUUAGAUUGUAGACAAUGUACAUAUGUGUCAAGAUAAGGCUUCUGUUAGAGACAAAAUAUGAAAAACCAUUAAUAUUUGUCUAAAUUGAAAAUGUACUUUAAAGGAGUAAAUACUGAGGACAUUACCUCAGCUCUCAUGAAUGGUAAUUAGGCCCUAGCAUUACAAAGUCAAGUCGAUUACAUCCCUAAUGGACUUUAAAAUACCUUCCUGUGAUUGUGUUAACUUUCAAGAAUUCGUCAUAUUUUCCUUUGUGGCAAACCUCACCCAUCUGGCACCUGUGCAGGGUGAAACAAAUUACAAGGAACAUUUUCGGAUACUACAUGACCCAGAUCAACACACCACUCACAAAAUGUCCCUUCUUUUUGCCUCACACAUUCAGAUUUAUUUACACAAUAUAGACAUUUUUGUACAAUUAAUAGAUCUUUCAUUUAUGUGAUAGUAUUCAACCAUAUUUACACAGGAAUUUACACAUACAGACACACACACCAUUGAAACAAUCCAUCAUUUUAGACAGUUUUUAAGUAUUUCAGACACUCAUACACACACACACACAGCCUACUCUGACUCUUCCAGUGGGGAAACCCGUCUCACUGAACGACAGAAACACAGCACUGAACUUGUAAUUUAUUGUUUGUACAACUGGUAUGUGUGAAUAAAAAACAAUGAGAUGAGUUUUAUUUAUUAUAGUAAUUUUGUAUCAAAUUACUAUUUAACUUAGGAAUAUGACUGUGCAGAAUCAUUCCUUUGUAAGAAUAUAGUGUUUCUUUUCUAGUCAUCCACAUGAA